UCUGUGUCAAUUGGGGAAUUAAAACUAAUUUUCACUUAAACUUGACAGUUCGAUAAUUAUUUCCCCUCCAUUUUCAAUCUGUCAAAAAUAAGUCUGCUCCGGAGGAGACUUAUUUUUGACAGAUUGAUAAUUUCAUGCCGAGCUGGGUGGGUUGUUUAUUUUCCGCCGUUUUGACGUUUCUCUCCGAGUUCUUUUUUCGUUCUCGUCGGUAAACAACAGCACUGCUCCUCGUGUGCACUUUUGUCCCGCGGUUUUCACUCGAGUUCUGCCCGUGUCCAGCUUUUUUUCGUGUUCCGUCCGUGACCAGUUUUUCCCUGUGCCCCGACCAGAUAUUCCCUGUGAUAUGGAACAGGAACAGAAAUCCAGAGCAAAGAAAAUGACCGCUCAACAAAUACGUCGACUGAUUUCUGCUCGAGUGGCCUGCAAUCACCUUUUUACGGCAAAAUAUUAUGAUAAAAAAGCGGCCUGGAGGAAAAUUCAACAACAAGCGGAACUGCAUGAGUUCACUGAUGAACAAGUGAAAAUCAAAUGGAAUAAUUUGACAAGAAAGUACAAAAUACUCAUCACUCCUCCGACUGGUGGAGCGACCGAAAACGGAGAGGAGCUGGCGGAAGAUUGGGAGCAUUUCGGGCAAAUGCACGAAUUUAUGUCGACCCAGCACACCAUAAACCCUCCCCUGGUGGUCAACAGUUGUGGUGUUAUUGUUGAAAAUUCCAACAAUAUUCCAAUUGAACUAAGCAACCAGGACGAUGGACAAGAGAUGGAAGCUGGACCAUCCGGAUCCGUUGAAGCUGGACCUUCAGAUGGAGCUUAUGUUUCAAGUCCCGAGAUGAUACCUCCAACCUCUAGUCCACAGAAUUCGGAAGGAUAUGCAGACCGAGGACGGAGAAAGCGAAGCCGAUACAGUCAGCAAGACAUGUUCGAGUUUUUCGUAAAGCAAUCGAAACAGAAGAAGAAAGAAGGGAAAAAGUUCUUCGGCUUAUUGAAAAGAAUAGCUGAAUCGCAAAACGUAGAUGUGGCUGACUUCGAUUCAAGCUCUUCCGAUUCUGAUGCUGAUGUUUGA